AUGCUGUACUCCUCCUCUACUCGCUCGCUGUCGAUCCUUGUUGUCUUUCUAGCCGCGAUCUCAGCAAACGUUGCCCCCAGUGCGAAUGCGCAUGCGCUCGACCUCAAGCGCGACAGCCACGCACCGCGCUCGCCUCGCAUGGGCUUGCACAGAAGCUCUAGUCGACGUCAUGUCACUUCCUUUGACGAAGACGGUGGGAAUAUCCCCAGAGAGCCCGGUCAAUUCUCGCGCCCUGACUGGCGUCGGGAUGUUGAAGGUCGUGGAGAGGUUCUUGAGAAACGGGCUGAUAAUGCUAGGUUUACUCUGUACAAUGCCGGCCUUGGCGCAUGUGGUAAAUACAACUCAAACAGCGAUGCUAUUGUUGCCAUGAGUGCCCAGGACUGGGCUGGAGGUGCUCACUGUUUCGAUAAAGUGACCAUUACGGCCAAAGGUAAAAGUGUCCAAGCGACCAUUGUCGACAGAUGCGUCGAAUGUCCGUCCGGCGCCCUCGACUUAACUCCGUCGCUGUUUGCUCAAUUCGAUGAUCCGAAUAACGGUGUCUUCUACGGAUCCUGGUCUUACGGGAGCGGGGCGCCAGAGCCUAAGCCCGAACCCAAGCCAUCACCGAAGCCUGAGCCUAAACCGGAACCCAAACCAUCUCCCUCCCCCUCCCCAUCUCCAUCACCAAAGCCCUCCCCAACAUCUACGUCGCAGAGGACAUCGUCGACUUCCACGCGCGAGGCCACGUCCACUCGACCUUCCUCUACCUCCACGACUUCCUCGUCUUCAACUACGGCCAGUUCCUCGACGGCUAUCGCGCCCGCAGCUACCGUUGCCGCAGACGAUCCACAAGUGGUAAACCAGUUCAACAUUGCCAUGCUGCAGCUCGGUGCUCUGGCGAUCGCUGGUGCCACUCCUUCAGAAUAG